CUGAAGAAAAAAAAGAAUCUUUUUUGCUUUAGAGCAGAAUUUAGUGGUGGGUUUGAGCUAUUUUCUGUAUUUUUCACAUUUUCAAGAAUCCCCUGUUUUUUUUUUUUUUUAAUAAUGGAGGGGUUAUCAAGAACAAAUCUUGUUUCUGAUACAUUUUAUGGAACAAGAGAUGAUAUAACAGAACAAUUUGGUAUAAUGUGGGGACAAAUCAAAGCUCCAUUGAUUGUUCCUCUUUUAAGGAUUUCAGUGUUUUUAUGUCUUGCUAUGUCUGUAAUGUUGUUUAUUGAAAGAGUUUACAUGUUUGUUGUCAUUACUUUAUUGAAAGUUUUUGGUUCAAAACCUCAAAAAAGAUACAAAUGGGAGCCAUUAAAAGAUGAUGUUGAGCUUGGCAAUUCAUCUUAUCCUAUGGUUCUUGUUCAAAUUCCAAUGUAUAAUGAAAAAGAGGUUUAUCAGCUUUCAAUUGGAGCUGCAUGUGGACUUUCAUGGCCUUCUGAUCGUAUUAUAGUGCAAGUUCUUGAUGAUUCAACAGACCCCAUUACUAAGAAUUUGGUGGAAAUUGAAUGCCAAAGAUGGGCAAGCAAAGGGAUAAAUAUAAAAUAUGAAGUGAGGGACAAUAGGAGUGGAUACAAAGCAGGUGCUUUGAAAGAAGGAUUGAAGCAUUCUUAUGUGAAACAAUGUGAUUUUGUUGCUAUUUUUGAUGCUGAUUUCCAACCUGAACCUGAUUUUCUAUGGCAAACAAUUCCAUUUCUAGUUCACAAUCCUGAACUUUCCCUUGUUCAAGCUAGAUGGAAAUAUGUUAAUGCUGAUGAAUGUCUAAUGACAAGAAUGCAAGAAAUGUCAUUGGAUUAUCAUUUCUCUGUGGAGCAAGAAGUUGGCUCUUCUACACAUGCUUUUUUCGGAUUUAAUGGCACUGCUGGUGUUUGGAGAAUCGCUGCAAUAGAUGAGGCUGGAGGUUGGAAGGACAGGACAACGGUUGAGGAUAUGGACCUUGCUGUCCGUGCUAGUCUCAAGGGCUGGAAAUUCUUGUUCCUUGGUUCAGUCAAGGUAAAAAACGAAUUACCAAGUACAUUGAAGGCCUAUCGUUAUCAACAACAUCGUUGGUCCUGUGGCCCAGCCAAUCUCUUCAGGAAAAUGUGUAUGGAGAUCAUAAGAAACAAGAAAGUGUCUUUGUGGAAGAAGGUUCAUGUGAUUUACAGCUUCUUCUUCGUUAGAAAGGUUGUAGCUCAUAUUGUUACUUUCGUAUUCUAUGUUGUGGUAUUACCCGCCACCGUAUUAGUACCUGAAGUUGAGGUUCCGAAGUGGGGAGCUGUUUACAUUCCUGCCAUCAUUACGCUGCUCAAUGCUGUUGGAACUCCAAGGUCACUCCAUCUGCUGGUAUUUUGGAUCCUUUUCGAGAAUGUAAUGUCACUGCACCGUACUAAGGCCACCUUCAUCGGCUUGUUGGAGGCAGGACGAGUGAACGAAUGGAUUGUCACAGAGAAAUUAGGGGAUGCUCUGAAGUUAAAAUCAGCUACCAAAGCGUUUAAAAAACAUCGAAUGAGGCUAGGUGACAGGAUUCAUUUGUUAGAGUUUGCUGCUGGUGCAUACCUCUUCUUCUGUGGAUGUUAUGACAUUGCAUUUGGUACUAACCACUAUUUCCUCUACCUCUUCAUUCAGGCAUUUGCCUUUCUCAUCGUUGGAUUUGGUUACGUUGGCACUUUCGUCCCCAACUCUUAGUCAACGAGCAUGAAACUGAUUUUAUGGUAUGAAUCUUAAGCUUUUUCGCCCUGUGCUCCCCCUCAGUAGCACCAAAAGAA